CCCUGUCGUCGAGCCGCAGUGGUUCCUCCCGGUCGGGCAGCUCCCACUGCUGGUCGCUGCGGGCUUCCGUAGCUUCGCUUCAGCCGCAGACAGCCGACAGCCAGCGCGAUGUUAUCCCGUUCCCCGUGUGUUUACCGGACACUUGGACGUUCCCUGUCAGCGGCAAACCAGGCCGGUAGCGUGUUGGUCCGACAGUCUGCGUCAGGUCACUCAGUGUGCAGCCGGCUGCUUUACAGGAAGUCUCAGCCAUGUGAGUUUCCGUCUUCGGCGAACGUCUACCACAUCAGAUACUUCAGGACGUCUGCCGCUCACAGGGAUGAAGUGGUUACAGUCAAAACUCCAGCAUUUGCAGAAUCAGUUACAGAAGGAGAUGUGAGGUGGGAGAAAGCUGUGGGCGAUUCGGUGUCAGAAGAUGAAGUGGUUUGUGAAAUUGAGACUGACAAGACGUCGGUUCAGGUCCCAGCUCCAGCUGCUGGAGUCAUCGAGGAGCUGCUGGUUCCUGAUGGAGGGAAAGUAGAAGGAGGAACGCCUCUCUUCAAGCUCCGGAAAGGAGCUGCUGCCGCUGCCAAACCUGCUCCGUCUCCAGCUGCAGAUCCUCCACCUGCAGCAGCUGCCACCCCUCCUCCUCCUCCUCCUCCUUCUCCUCCUCCAGCUCCGACUGCCACACCUCCAGUGCCACCACAGCCGGUCCAAGCCAAACCUGUUUCUGCUGUCAAACCCACGGCUGCAGCUCCUCCAGCAGCAGGAUCCAGAGGAGAAAACAGGGUGAAGAUGAACCGCAUGAGGCUGAGGAUCGCUCAGAGACUGAAGGAGGCUCAGAACACCUGCGCCAUGCUGACCACCUUCAACGAGGUGGACAUGAGCAACAUUCAGGAGAUGAGGAAACUCCAUAAGGAUGCUUUCCUAAAAAAGCACAACAUCAAACUGGGUUUCAUGUCUGCGUUUGUGAAGGCUGCUGCACACGCUCUGGCCGACCAACCUGCUGUCAAUGCCGUUAUUGACGACACAACCAAAGAGAUCAUCUACAGAGAUUACGUAGAUGUUAGUGUUGCCGUGGCAACUCCAAAGGGGCUUGUUGUACCGGUGGUCCGUGAUGUUCAGACCAUGAACUUUGCUGACAUUGAGAAAGCCAUUAAUGUGCUGGGGGAAAAGGCUCGUAACAAUGCAUUGGCUGUUGAGGAUAUGGAUGGAGGUACGUUCACCAUCAGUAACGGCGGUGUGUUUGGCUCCAUGUUCGGCACACCCAUCAUUAACCCCCCGCAGUCCGCCAUCCUGGGCAUGCACGGCAUCUUCGACAGGCCUGUGGCCAUCAAUGGAAAGGUCGAGAUCCGACCCAUGAUGUACGUGGCGCUGACAUACGACCACCGACUCAUCGACGGCAGAGAAGCGACCACCUUCCUACGCAAGAUCAAAGCGGCGGUGGAAGAUCCUCGAGUGCUGCUCCUGGACAUGUGAUGUUUCCAGCACCACGUUACUCUUUAUUUAAAGAUAUUCAGCUGCAUAAAAUGAACUCCAAGUCACAGAAGACGCACAAAUUACACAAAAUUGCCUAUACAGCCACUGUUGUUAUUUGUAACUGCUCAGUCCAACUACGGGAGGUAACUGGAGCUGUGUUUCAACACUAGAGAACCUUAAAUGCAUGCUAUUACCUACAGAGAGGAAUCUGAAGUAUGAGCAACAACCUGGGCUGAGUCAAGAUAAUUGCUUUGCUGCUUUGGAAUUUAGUCGACAGUUCACAUUACAGCAUGUCAUAUAGAUUAUCCUGCAGCAUAACGUACAUACGGGUGUGUUAUUAUGUCCCUGUGCUGCUCAGAUGUGCGGACACAUGAAGCAGGAGAUGAACAAUCGCUGUAUUCUUGUCACAGUUGUGUAAUGGUAAAACAAAAAAACGGCUUUUCCAGAAAGCUGUCGGUUGCGUAACUUUCUCCGCUGCUCGUUAGCCACUCUUUCCACAGCGGGGCCAAACGGAGCUAAUUCAGAUUAGUUCAAGAUGUUUGAUGGUAGCACGGGUUUCAAAGAUUUCCUCGGUUUGCUGCUGCUGCUAGAAACAGUCUGGAAACACGAGUCAGUAACCAGGAAACUAGGUUUUUGCAUGGAACAUGUGUCUACCGGUGCCAUGCCUUUAAAUCAGUGUCCGCUGUUGUGCUUGGAUGUGACUCAGUUCAGUUAUAUUCCUGCUUUGCACUUAUCGUUUUUGUUUUUGUCAAGGCUACAGAUUCUGAGCAGUCAUCAGAUUUCAGCUUUUUGCAUUAUUCAUUAGCAGAAACUGCACAAAACAAUCAUGCACUGUUGGUUUUUAGUUUGCUUUGAAGGCGAUAUGUCGAGAGUAAUGUUCAAAACGCACAAUUUGCCAGCAGGUUUUUACGUUGAGCUUCGAUUUUGGAACAGAUUUGCAUUCUUAUACAUGAAAUAUUAAACAUCUUAAGAGUUUUACAUAGUGAAA